AUGCAGACCAUUUACGAAGAGGAAACCUCCGACUCCGGCGCUGAAGCAGAUACUGAAGUCGACAACAGGUCAGGCAGCACAACCGUCACGCCUUCUAUAACGGACUACAUCUACGAAAAUGGACGUCGCUACCACCGCUACCGAGAGGGCUCGUACUUACUUCCCAACGACGAAAUUGAGCAGGAUCGUCUCCAACUGUGUCAUAAAAUCUGGUCACUACUCCUAAACGAUGAGCCCUGGAAAGCACCACUAGAGCACCCACAGAAAGUACUUGAUAUUGGCUGUGGAACCGGCGAUUGGGCCAUCAUGAUUGCGGAGCAGUUCCCAUCUGCGACUGUAAUUGGCACCGAUCUUAGCCCUAUUCAACCAACCUUGGUCCCGCCCAAUGUCAAGUUCUACGUUGAAGAUGCAGAGGAUGAAUGGACUUUUGACAAAGGCUUUGAUAUUGUCCAUGGCCGCAUGCUAGCGGGUAGUAUCUCUAAUUGGACAAAGUUCUUUCGACAGGCAUUUGAGCAGUUGAAGCCGGGUGGCUGGCUUGAGAUGAACGAGUUUGAGGCCAAGUUUUAUUAUUGUGAUGAGAACGGCAACAAGUCGGAGCAGUUGAAUAUGUUGGUGAAAGUGUUUAAUGAGAAGAGCUCGGCUUUUGGGAAAGGGUUCAAUGAUGUGUUGCUUAUACCGGAAGCGAUGCGCAACGCGGGCUUUGAGGCUAUCGAAUUGGAUGUACAAAAGGUUCCAAUCGGCACAUGGCAUAGAGACAAGACCAUACGGAGACUGGGACGUACAGUGCAUUGGGCCGCUGAAGAGUCUAUCGAGCCGUAUAUACUCGCUGUUGGCACCCGGAUUAUGUUGGAUCCAGCCGACUCUGUCCGAGAUAUUGUCCGCGCGACGAGGGAUUCGCUUGACAGCCGCGAUUACGAUCUUUAUAGUCAUGCUCAUUUUAUCUGGGGGCGAAGACCGAAAUAUAAUUAG